GCUGCAUCUUUUGAUGGGAGGAGGAAAUUGGAGUUCAUUGACGCAGCCACACAGGUUGUUGGCAGUGGGACUUUGUUUUAUGAAGCAAUGUAUGUGUAAUGUGGUUUAUGGCUGGCGUAAUUCAGGGUGCUAUCUCUAGCUUUGGUUGCUUAUUGCAGCUUUUUUGUUGAUGACAUUUAGGUUGUUGUAAUUAAUAGUUGAAUUGGUGUUGUUUUAUUACUCA